UUACCGAUCGAGUACAAAUCUCAGGUCUCUCUCGGAUGCUCUCGUUGGCGACCAGCUGCAAAAUGGCGAGUGCCAUAGUGCGUUGUUUUCGGAUUCCGGGGAGACAAUUGGGUCUCCUCGGAUCGGCUGUGAGCAGUCAGCAGCAGCAGAGAACUCUCGCCGAUGCUGCUCCCGAAGGAAAGAAACAAGGUUCACCAAUGUCCGACCAAGAUCGUAUCUUCACGAAUCUCUACGGCAGACACGACUGGAGGCUGAAGGGUGCUUUGAGCCGUGGCGAUUGGUACAAGACUAGGGAGAUCUUGGAGAAGGGUGCCGACUGGAUCAUCAACGAGAUCAAGGUUUCCGGGCUGAGAGGCCGCGGUGGUGCUGGUUUCCCUUCCGGCAUGAAGUGGUCCUUCAUGAACAAGCCGUCGGACGGCAGGCCCAAGUAUUUGGUGAUCAACGCCGACGAGGGCGAGCCGGGAACUUGUAAGGACCGUGAGAUUCUGCGUCACGACCCGCACAAGCUCGUGGAGGGUUGCCUGAUCGCCGGUCGCGCCAUGGGAGCCUGCGCCGCUUACAUCUACAUACGCGGCGAGUUUUACAACGAGGCGUCCAACAUGCAAGUGGCCAUAGCCGAGGCUUAUCAGGCCGGUCUGAUCGGGAAGAACGCCUGCAAUUCCGGCUACGAUUUCGACAUCUUCGUGCAGCGAGGAGCGGGCGCGUACAUCUGCGGCGAGGAGACCGCUCUGAUCGAGUCGAUAGAGGGCAAGCAAGGCAAGCCAAGGCUGAAGCCGCCGUUCCCGGCGGACGUCGGCUUGUUCGGCUGCCCGACGACCGUCACCAACGUGGAGACAGUAGCAGUGGCGCCUACGAUCUGCCGGCGAAGCGGAGCGUGGUUCGCCUCAUUCGGACGGCCGCGCAAUCAGGGCACGAAACUUUUCAAUAUCUCCGGUCACGUGAACAAUCCGUGCACCGUGGAGGAGGAAAUGUCCAUCCCGCUGAAGGAGCUGAUCGAGAGGCACGCGGGCGGUGUGAUCGGCGGAUGGGACAAUUUGCUGGGCGUCAUUCCCGGAGGCUCUUCCACCCCCGUAAUUCCCAAGAGCGUAUGCGAUACCGUGUUGAUGGACUUCGAUGACCUCAUCCGAGUGCAGAGCGCGUUCGGCACGGCCGCGGUGAUCGUGAUGAACAAACAAACGGACAUAAUCAAGGCCAUCACCCGUCUGAUAAGCUUCUACAAGCACGAGUCUUGCGGUCAAUGCACGCCUUGCCGCGAGGGUAUCAGCUGGAUGUACAAGAUACUCAAGAGGUUCGCGGAUGGUAACGCCGAGGUGCACGAGAUAGACAUGCUGUGGGAACUGACGAAGCAGAUCGAGCUGCACACGAUCUGCGCGCUGGCGGACGGCGCCGCGUGGCCGGUGCAGGGUCUGAUCAGACACUUCAGGCCGGAGAUCGAGGCUCGCAUGAAGCAGCAGAAGCAAGCCGCGUCCGGCUGAAAAAUCCUACGAGAAGUAGAAACGGAGACUAGAUAGGUAUAAUCGCAGAGAAAGAGACGACACACUAGAGGGCGGUCCCUGUAAGAUUUUAUAUUUAUUCUCGCUGUAUAUAUAAAUGAACAUAGUCGCGAUUCUCAUGUAACAGUGUCCUUCGAGCCCGGCGCAACGUCCGCCGGCGGUUCGACCUUAAUAAAAUCAACGUAAGAAGAGAACUCGGGCAUAUUUGUGCACAUAUAUACAUAGAUGUAUGUAUGUAGAUUGCGCGCUUAAAUAUAUUCCUUGGAAGGGUGGAAACGAAAAUUAGAUCGAGUAACACGCGUUCACGGAGGAGAGCAAGUUCGGCGAAAUCUCGCGUAGUCGAUGCAGUGAAUCGUUGCCGGGGACCAGUGAUCAUUUCCGUGGCGCGUUAAUCGCUGGAAAAUCGAUACAUCGGGUCUGUUCUAUUCCUCUCGCGGAUCCCACGAGAGCGAUCCACUUUAUUCGCCGACGCGAGAAUGUACAACGCGCCGACGGGUUCUUGGGAAAAUACACGCUGCCGGAGAGAAACGACGCGGAUCGUACGCAACGGGAUACGAGAAAAUUGGAUUUUACCUUUCGAGUGUUGGCCGAACUUACUUAGAGCCAAGAUCAAUAUUCACCUUCCGCGCAGCAGUCCGAUGCAGAUAGCCGCGCGCAUCUAGUAUCACUCGUACGGCUUAUGUGGAAAUUAUAUCUGCUGCUGUUGCCGCAAGACGCCACCUGAGGUAUACGCUUAAUGGCGUUCGACGCUGUAUUAUGCAGAAUGGAGCGGCGGAAUAAACGAUAUCGAGUGGAAAAUAUUUUUGCCGAACGCACCUCGGCGGAAAUGAAGUGAAGCGAGCCGCCUCUGUCCAUGAAUCAUGCAUGCGAUCGCCGGGUAUUUACGUUCGAACGAAACGCCGACGUUUCCGCCGGCCGGGCGGGACGGUGAUGGUGCUCCGUGAAAAUAUCUGCCGCCAGUUUUUAUAUCGAACGAUACUUUGCAUUUAUUCGUUCAUUAUACAAGAGAAUUCACUAGCGACUAACGUUCCGCCGACUACGGUACAGAUAAUGAUGUGGUUUUAUAUACGGUACAAUGUGCGUAUACAAUAUAUACAAAAGCACACACA